GCUAUAUUUGAAUCCAUGACGCCCUCCGGGUGGGAAAAGUUAGUCCCUUUGGUCCCCCUGCUGGAGUUUCCUGUCAUUGGAAAAAAAAAAAAAAGAUGGCUACCCCGAGUAGCUCCACAACUCUCGGCCAAAAGUGAAGCAAAAAGUCCGGCAUUCGAAAGCACUAAGGACUCCAACCGGGGCCUUGUGGAACCCGUAGGAGGUCGGAGGAUGUCUCGCUGGGUGCCCACCAAGAAGGAAAAGUACGGCGUCGCAAUCUACAACUAUGAUGCUCGGGGAGAGGAAGAGCUGUCCUUGCAGAUUGGCGACACAGUGCACAUACUGGAGACAUACGAACACUGGUACAGAGGGCAUAGGCUGAGGAGGAGAUCCAGGAAGGGCAUCUUUCCAGCUUGUUAUAUCCACCUGAAAGAAGCCACAGUCGAGGGCUGCGGGCAAAAGGAGACCGUCAUCCCUACAGAGCUGCCUCUGGUUCAGGAGGUCACCACCACGCUACGAGAGUGGGCUUCAAUAUGGAGGGACCUUUAUGUGGGCGACAAACGCGAGAUGUUCAACUCGGUCCGGGACAUGAUCUAUGACCUCAUCGAAUGGCGCUCCCAAAUCCUCUCCGGCACCCUUCCGCAGGACGAACUCUCCGAGCUCAAACAGAAAGUCACGUCCAAGAUCGACUACGGCAACAAGUACUUGGAUCUCGACCUGGUAGUCCGGGACAAGGAUGGGAACAUUCUUGACCCCGAGCUCACCAGCACUGUCAGCCUGUUUCGAGCGCACGAAACGGCGUCCAAACAGAUCGAUGACCGGAUCCAAGAGGAGAAGUCUCAGAAGCAGAACAUCGACCUGAACAGGCAGGCCAAGUUUGCCUCCACGCCGGCGUUUGCCCUCUUCGUGACGCUAAAGAACGUGGUGUGCAAGAUCGGCGAGGACGCGGAAGUCCUCAUGUCGCUAUAUGAUCCGGUGGAGUGCAAAUUCAUCAGCGAGAACUACCUGGUGAAAUGGUCCAGCUCGGGUCUGGUGAAGGACAUCGACCAGCUUCACAACCUGCGAGCUGUCUUCACUGAUUUAGGCAGCGAAGACUUGAAGCGAGAGAAGAUCAGCUUCGUGUGUCAGAUCGUGCGAGUGGGCCGCAUGGAGCUGCGAGACAACAACACCAAGAAGCUGACGUCCGGGCUGAGGAGACCCUUUGGAGUGGCAGUAAUGGAUGUCACUGACAUCAUCACGGGCAAAAUGGACGACGAGGACAAGCAGCACUUCAUCCCCUUCCAGCCGCUAGCGUUGGACGACGCCAUGCUCCACAAGCAGCUGAACAUCUCCCGUUUUUCACCCAGGGUGGCCGGCGAGAACGACUUCCUGCAGACCGUCAUCAAUAAGGUCAUCACGGCCAAAGAAGUCAAUCACAAAGGCCAAGGCCUGUGGGUCACCCUCAAGCUCCUUCCCGGCGACAUCCAUCAGAUCCGGAAAGACUUCCCUCACCUGGUGGACCGGUCCACGGCUGUGGCGCGCAAGAUGGGCUUCCCGGAGAUCAUCAUGCCAGGUGACGUGAGGAACGACAUCUACCUGACCCUCGUCCAAGGAGACUUUGACAAAGGGAGUAAGACCACACCCAAAAACGUGGAGGUCACCAUGUCCGUGUUUGAUGAGGACGGCAAAAAAUUGGAGAAUGUCAUUUUCCCAGGUGCCGGAGAUGACGGGAUUAGUGAAUACAAGUCUGUCAUCUACUACCAAGUCAAGCAGCCCCGCUGGUUUGAGACCAUUAAGGUCGCCAUUCCCAUCGAGGACGUAAACCGGAGCCACUUGCGCUUUACCUUUCGCCACCGCUCAUCGCAGGACUCCAAAGACAAAUCGGAGAAGAUCUUCGCCCUGUCUUUCGUGAAGCUAAUGAGGUACGACGGGACCACCCUGAGGGACGGCGAGCACGAUCUCACCGUAUACAAGGCCGAAGCAAAGCGGUUGGAGGACUCGUCCCUGUACUUGAACCUGCCCGCCACCAAGAUGGAGCUGGAAGAGAAGGGCUACUCCACUACGAGCAAGAGCACGCAGAACCUGGGGAACUGCACCGUCAGCAAAGACUCCUUCCAGAUCUCCACCUUGGUCUGCUCCACCAAGCUCACACAGAAUGUCGACCUACUGGGGCUGCUGAAGUGGCGCUCCAACACCAGCCUCCUGCAGCAGAACCUGCGACAGCUGAUGAAGGUGGAGGGCGGAGAGGUCGUCAAGUUCCUGCAAGACACCCUGGACGCCCUCUUCAACAUCAUGAUGGAGAACUCGGACAGCGACACGUUCGACACGUUGGUGUUUGAUGCCUUGGUGUUCAUCAUCGGCCUCAUCGCCGACCGCAAGUUCCAGCACUUCAACCCCGUUCUGGAGACGUACAUCCGCAAGCACUUCAGCGCCACGCUCGCCUACACGAAGCUGACCAAGGUUCUGAAGAACUACGUGGACAACGCCGAGAAGCUGACGGAGCAGCUGCUGAAGGCCAUGAAGGCCCUGGAGUACAUUUUCAAGUUCAUCGUGCGCUCCAGGGUGCUCUUCAACCAGCUCUACGAGAACAAAGGAGAGGCCGACUUCAUGGAGUCUUUGAGGAACCUGUUCACGUCCUUCAACGACAUGAUGAACAGCAACUCGGAGAACACGGGCAUGGUGAAGGGCGCCGCACUUAAAUACAUUCCUACCAUCGUCAAUGACGUCAAGCUGGUGUUUGACCCAAAGGAACUAAGCAAGCUGUUCACCGAGUUCAUCCUGAAGGUUCCUCAGGGUCGCCUGAUGAAGCAGAAGCUGGACUGUCUGAUAGACAUUGUCCACAGCGAUCUGUUUACCCAUCACGAUUGCCGCGAGAUCCUCCUGCCGCUGAUGACGGAGCAGCUGAAGUUCCACCUGGAGAGGCGAGAGGAGCCCAAGGCUUGCUGCCAGCUGCUCAGCGACAUCCUGGAAGUGCUCUACAGGAAAGACGUGGGUCCCACCCAGUGGCACGUGCAGAUCAUCAUGGAGAAGCUGCUGAGGACGGUGAACAGGACGGUCAUCUCCAUGGGCCGAGACUCUCCUCACAUAGGGAGCUUUGUGGCCAGCAUGACUGCCACGCUGAGGCAGAUGGACGACUAUCAUUACGCUCACCUGAUCGGCACCUUUGGCAAGAUAAGGAGCGACGUGGUGGAUUUCCUCAUGGAGACCUUCAUCAUGUUUAAAGACCUCAUCGGGAAGAACGUCUACCCCUCGGACUGGGUCAUAAUGAACAUGAUGCAAAACAAGGUCUUCCUGCGGGCCAUUAAUCAGUAUGCGGCCGUGCUGAACAAGAAAUUUCUGGAUCAAACCAACUUUGAGCUGCAGCUGUGGAACAACUACUUCCACCUGGCGGUGGCCUUCCUCACCCAGGAGUCGCUGCAGCUGGAGAACUUUUCCAGCGACAAACGCGCCAAAAUAUGCCAGAAGUACCAGGACAUGAGGCGGCAAAUCGGCUUUGAGAUCCGGGACAUGUGGUACAAUCUCGGACCCCACAAGAUCAAAUUCAUCCCCGAGAUGGUGGGCCCCAUCCUGGAGAUGACGCUGGUACCGGAGAUCGAAUUACGCAAGGCCACCAUUCCCAUCUUCUUUGACAUGAUGCAGUGCGAGUUCCACUUCACGUGCAGCUUCCAGCGGUUCGAGAACGAGAUCAUCACCAAGCUGGAUCACGAGGUGGAGGGCGGCCGCGGGGACGAGCAGUACAAGGUUCUCUUCCAGAAGAUUUUACUGGAGCACUGCAGGAAGCACAAGUACUUGGCCAAAACCGGCGAGAACUUUGUGGGCCUGGUGGUGCGUCUCCUGGAGAGGCUGCUGGACUACCGCACCAUCAUGCACGACGAGAACAAGGAGAACCGCAUGAGCUGCACCGUCAACGUGCUGAACUUUUACAAGGAGAUCGACAGAGAGGAGAUGUACAUUAGGUACCUGUACAAGCUGUGCGACCUCCACAAAGAGUGCGACAACUACACGGAGGCGGCUUACACGCUGCUGCUGCACGCCAAGCUGCUCAAGUGGUCCGACGAGGCGUGCGCGGCCCACCUGACCCAGCGGGAUGGUUACCAUGCUUCCACUCAGUGCCAGCUGAAGGACCAGCUCUACCAGGAGAUUAUCAAUUACUUUGACAAGGGCAAGAUGUGGGAGGAAGCCAUCAUUUUGGGGAAGGAACUAGCGGAGCAGUACGAGAAUGAAAUGUUUGAUUUUGAGCAGCUUAGUGCAUCCUUGCGAAAGCAAGCCCAGUUCUACGAAAACAUUGUGAAGGUGAUCCGGCCCAAACCCGACUACUUCGCGGUGGGCUACUACGGCGUGGGCUUCCCUUCCUUUCUAAGGAACAAAAUGUUCAUCUAUCGCGGGAAGGAGUACGAACGCUGGGAGGACUUCGAAGCCCGCCUCCUCACGCAGUUCCCCAACGCCGAGAAGAUGAAGACCACCACGCCGCCCAGCGAGGACACCAAAGGUUCGCCUGGACAGAACAUCCAGUGUUUUACAGUGAAACCCAUCCUGGAUUUACCCGCCAAGUUCCAGAACAAGCCAGUGUCUGAGCAAAUACUCAGCUUCUACACCGUAAAUGAAGUCCAUAAAUUCCAGUAUUCCAGGCCGGUCAGGAAAGGCGAGAAGGACCCGGACAACGAGUUCGCGAACAUGUGGAUCGAGAGGACCACGUACUCCACGGCCUACAAGCUGCCGGGCAUCCUCCGCUGGUUCGAAGUCAAGUCCGUCUGCACGGAUGAGAUCAGCCCCCUGGAGAACGCCAUGGAGACCAUGCAGCUGGCCAACGACAAGAUCAGCAGCAUGGUGCAGAAGCAUCUCAGCGACCCCAACCUUCCCAUCAACCCCCUUUCCAUGCUGCUCAACGGAAUUGUGGACCCCGCCGUCAUGGGGGGGUUCACCAACUACGAGAAGGCCUUCUUCAACGACAAGUACAUGCAGGAGCAUCCGGAGGACCUGGAGAAGAUCGAGAAGCUCAAGGACCUCAUCGCCUGGCAGAUCCCGCACCUUGCCGAAGGCGUGCGCAUCCACGGGGAGAAAGUCACCGAGGCCCUGAGGCCUUUCCACGACCGCAUGGAGGCCUGCUUUAAGCAACUGCGAGAGAAAGUGGAGAAACAAUACGGAGUCAAGACUCUGCCACCGGCAGAUGAACGUCGGGGGUCCCGGCCACACUCCAUGGUGCGCUCCUUCACCAUGCCCUCCUCCCAGAGGCCGCUCUCGGUGGCCUCGGUCACCUCGGUCUCUUCAGACAACCCCCCCUCCAGGCCCAGCUCGGACGGCUUCGCCAUGGAGCCCCUUCUUCCAAAGAAGCUGCACACCAAGUCUCAGGACAAGCUGGACCGCGACGAGCCCGAGCGGGAGCGGCGGGACAAGAAGAAGGAGAAGAGGAACAGCAAACACCAGGAGAUCUUCGACAAGGAGAUGAAGACCACCGAGAUCCAUCUGCAGCCUGCUGAGGCCGUCAUACUCUCAGAGACGAUCAGCCCUCUGAGGCCUCAGAGACCCAGAAGUCAAGUCCUCAACCAGCUGGGCGGAGACCGCCGCCUCUCCGUGUCCCCCGGGCCUCCUUCCUCGCCGUCCAACUCCUCUUCCUCCUCCUCGCCGGCACCCCCGCCCAUCACGCCAAGGAGCAAGCUGUCCUUCAGUCUGCACACGGUCUCCAGUCUGGAGUUGAACGGGUCAGGUUGCGCCGACAAGGCGGAGAUCCCUCCUCCGCUCCCCGUCAAAGGCAGCACGGCCGACUACGGCAACCUGCUGGAUAAUCAAGACCUGAGCGCUCCCUCCACGCCUCCGCCGCCCCCGCCGCCGCAUCAACGGCAUUUACCGCCGCCGCUGCCCAGCAAGACGCCGCCGCCGCCCCCUCCCAAGACCACCAGGAAGCAGGCGUCCAUCGAUUCAGGGAUUGUACAGUAAGCAAAGACGCUGACAAAAGGACGGGCGGAACGAUCGCCCCCCCCUCUUAAAGCCCUUCACCACCCUCCAGCCAACACAUUCCCGCCUUGACCAGAUGAAUACCUCAUUGCGGCCCCGCCCCCUUUUCUCCACAUGAUUAAUUUGCGCGAGCAGCAGCCACGCAAACAUCCUCACCUCAUGCAACGUAAUCUCGCAACAUGUACAGAGGUUUGUAAAUAGCAUUUUUUUUUUUUUUUUUCUGCUUUCUUUUAACGUUGUUAGCUCACCAGGCAUUUUGUACCAAACAUCGACAAAAAAAAAAGGGCUGUAGGACUUUUAGGAGUUUUUUUUUUUCUCUUGGUGGAAGUUUGGCGUGCACGUUGUUGGCAACUAACAUUUACUGCACCACAUUCACUACUGACACCACGCACGAAUAAACCUUCAAAUGUAAGGAUUUUUAAGCAAAAA